CGACGCAAGAAAAAGGCUGGUCAGGAGGAUAAGGUUAUCCCGAACAGGAAAGUAUCCGGAAUAAGCAAACCAGAUAAGCAAGUGCGAAAGGAAAAAAAAGAGUAGAAAAUCUAAAAUCAACUGCUUUUUCGACUCCAAUUUCUGAUUUCAGUGUCUCGUAGAAGCUCUCAGAAAUGGAUUCUAUGGGUCUUCCCUCUCUCAAUGCUCUACCAGUUUCACAUUCCAAAUUUCAAAGAGAACGGUGUACAAAAUUAUGGGGGAAAUUGCAUUACUUAAACUCUUCUAUGCCACUUUCGCUGAAACUCAGUCCCACUUUUAGAAUUCACCGUUUUCAUGGGAGGGUUAUCCAAAUGCAAACUGGAGAUGAAGAUUAUGAUUUGAAGCAAAUGAGAGACAUGGCUGCUGCGAAGAGAAGAUGGGAUGCAAUGAUUCGGGAAGGAAAAGUAAAUGUCCUUACACCAAGAGAAGCAGGUUAUGCAAUUCAACUCUCUAGCAAAAUCUUACUCGAUGUUCGUCCCUCUGUUGAGCAGAAAAAGGCAUGGGUUAAAGGCUCAACCUGGAUUCCAAUAUUUGAAGUUGAUGAUAGAUCUGACAUUGGAACACUUUCAAAAAAGUUCACAAAUUUUAUGAUGGGAGGCUGGUGGAGUGGUGUGCCUACAUUGACUUAUGAUAAUCAGUUCUUGUCAAAGGUUGAAGAGAAGUUCCCAAAAGAUACAGACCUGAUUGUUGCAUGCCAGAGAGGAUUGAGAUCUUUAGCUGCAUGUGAACUGCUCUACAAUGCUGGUUACAGAAACCUGUUUUGGGUUCAAGGAGGUCUGGAGGCUGCUGAAGAGGAGGAUCUCGUCAUCGAAGGUCCUCAGCCUCUUAAGUUUGCUGGAAUUGGAGGGGUUUCUGAAUUUCUUGGUUGGACAGAUCAACAAAGAGCUGCUGCUGCCAAAGAAGGUUGGGGUUAUCGAUUGCUAUUCUCUGCACGUCUGAUUGGAGUCUUUCUUGUAGCUGAUGCAUUGUUUCUUGGCGCUCAGCAAGUCGGUCGCUAUAUUCAGGAUAUAAGAUCACAUUGAUUUGGGUUUGAAAGUUUAUGACCAAUGAACCUCAGAGGACAUUGUUCUCUACAUCAUAUAGAGUCCACAGGAUUGAUGGGAAUCCCAAUUUUGGUGCCAAGAGGAGUGUAUUAAUGCCAGUAACUUGUUAUAGUGUGAUGUAUCUACUUAUGUUAUGUUAUGCUGCCUGCAUGUAUAUUCAAUACAAGAACUCCAUGUAAUAUUGCAAGGUGCAUAUUUUUGUUCUCUUAGUCCCUGAAUUUUGAAAACCAGCUAAAAUCAUCUUCAUGUAA